CCAUCGCACUGUAGUAUCCACCCUCAAACUUACGAGCCCACACUCCAUCGCCACCAGCCCACCAUCGUCCCUUGCGAGACUUUUUGCAUUUUCCCCUCUAAAGACCUCACUACCUACGAUAACAAUUACAGGUGCGGCAUUUCAUCGAACACUUUCCGGAGAUCUUAAUCCCGCAGGGCGUGACCUGAGGCCAGAACACCAUAAGAGAUUUUUCUCUUACCUAUUUCUAAAGUCAUGUGGCGGAGGCUUCUCUCUUCAUCCCAGCUCAAAACCCUAACCCUAGUGGCAUCGACCGCCGCUGGUCCCUCCCGAUCCGCUGCCGGAGUCGCACGAUUGGUUGACCGGGUGCCUGUUACCGCCUCCUCCGCUUCCCUCUUCGCCCGAAACUUCAGCGUUUCGGAUUCAGCGGAGACCGCUGUUAAGAAGAAGGUUGAGGAUGUAAUGCCGAUUGCAACCGGGCACGAGCGAGAGGAGCUUGAAGCUGAACUUGAGGGAAAAGAUCUUCUCGAAAUAAAUUAUCCUGUUGGUCCUUUUGGUACCAAGGAAGCUCCUGCCAUUGUUAAGUCUUACUAUGACAAGAGAAUAGUGGGAUGCCCGGGAGGUGAAGGGGAGGAUGAGCAUGAUGUAGUAUGGUUUUGGCUGGAGAAGGGUAAGCCACAUGAAUGUCCAGUUUGCACACAGUAUUUCGAGCUCGAAGUGGUGGGACCUGGAGGAUCUCCAGAUGGACAUGACGAUGAUGAACAUCACUGAUGACAGCCUGCAGUUAUCCUCUGCUGGAAUAAAAAGUCUCUAGGGAAAUCAAGAGAAUUUUCAGUACACACUGCAGAUUUCAAAUUCAAAAAGAUUGCAUUUUGUUUGAUUUUGGUCGGUCUUAGUCUUCUUUUUGCUGUUGCUUUUGCAACAAUUUGAGACACAAUUUUUCUCUGAUAAAUUUAGACAAAGGCUUGUCAUCUGUUGGAACAAUAGAUCUGUUCUAUGCAUUUGUCGAAUAAUCGAUGGCUACUUGAUUCUUUACC